AUGGACUGCUCCCUUCCCUUCAGCUCUGCCACGCAGCGCUCGCUGCAGCAGGACAAGGAGCAGCUGGAUCAGCAGAGGCGUGCUCGGCCCCACUCCCUCCACCCUGAGCGCGAUGUGGCUGCCCAGCAGUCCUGGGUCGGGCGCAGGGAGCCCCUGCAGUGCCAGGAUCUGCUGGUGCAGAACGCGCUCUUCACCGGGGACCUGGAGAUGGUUCAGAAGUUCUUCACCCGGAGUGCAGCCAUCAACCUCAUCAUUGAGACCAGGAGUGAGGAGCUGCGCUGGACCAGCAAGAAAUUUGGACUGUGGUCUCUGAGCUACGAGCAAGAGCUCACCACGCCACUACACAUCACAGCCAGCCGGGGCUACGCAGACUGCCUGCAGCUCCUGCUGCUCAGGGGUGCUGCCGUCAACUUUGCACCGGGGGGUAAGACUGCCCUGCACGAGGCUUGUGUGGCGGCCAGCACUGACUGCGUGCGCCUGCUGCUCAGCUUUGGCGCUGACCCUGAGGCUGUCUCUGAGGAUGGCUACAAGCCUCUGCAUCUCUGCAAGAGUCCAGACUCCAUCAAGUGCGUUCAGCAGCUGCUGAAGCACGGUGCCCAUGUGAACAGCCGGACAGAGGAGGAGGAGGACACAGCGCUGCACGUGGCAGCACGGCACGGCCUCCCCAGUCACGUCCAGCUGCUGCUGCAACACGGAGCAGAGCUGGAGGCGAGGAACGAGGAGGGGCAGACGCCGCUCAAUGCUGCCUGUGCGCAGCCCCACUCGCCCCAGGACAUGGAGCGCUACUACAAGGUUUGCCAGCUGCUGGUGGAGAGCGGUGCCAACGUCAACGCUGCUGACAGGGACCAUCAGCACCCACUGCACUUGGCCUGCAAGAACGCCAGCGCUCAGAUAGCAGAGCUACUGCUGGCCCGGGGCGCAAACGUCAACAUCAUGAAUUACAGUGGCAACACAGCCCUGCACAACAUCCUGCAGACAGCUGCCUACAAGCUGGAGCACCAUCCUGAGCUCGUGGUGCGGACCCUGCUCAACUACGGGGCCAUCCGCAUCUGGCCUGGCUCCCUCCUCAAGGUGCUGCGGUACUGCAAUGCCUGCCCGCGUGCCAUCGAGGCGCUGAUGAACUGCUACGACCACGUGCGUGUGUCUGAGGAGUGGGUGUCGGCGGUGCCAGCAGAAGUUGUGCAGAAGUAUCCCCGUUUCUACCAGUCGCUGUUCUCCCUGCAGCAGAGGCCCCGCUCCCUGCAGCACCUGGCGCGCUGUGCGCUCAGGGCCUUCCUGGAGGGCCGGCUGCUCCCAGUGCUCUCCCAGCUGCACCUGCCCAGCGCCCUGCACCGCUUCCUGCUGCUCAGCUUCGAGGACGUUCUCUACUGA